CGUACGUACGAGCUUGGAAGUUGUACCCCGGCCCCCACUACCCGCACAGAUUGUCUAUUUUAAGCCUGAUCUGUGAUGCAUAAAUGGUGCUUUUUUAUCACACACUGUUUCGUGUGAAUAAUGCUGGUACUGUUCUUCUCCACCGUGACUGGCCAAGCGGGCAGAUCUCUCAAAAAUAUCGUCAUUUUGAAGAGUUUUUUUCAGACUCGCGCCUUGUUUUCGACAACUGACGUAAGGCCUUGUCCGUUCCUUACUCGACUUUCGCCACCAUCUCGAGGGAUAGGCUUGUGCAUUCGCCAUAAUUGCAGUCAGAAACAAACGCAGGAAGUACAGAUAAGAGGCAUGGCAAGCAUCGAUAGCCUUGACAAGACGCAAGUCAAACUAUUGGCUGAGGAGUGCAUCGUGGUGGACCAAGACGACAAGGUCAUCGGUUCAGCUUCCAAGAAAGACUGUCAUCUAAAUGAGAAUAUAGAAAAAGGUUUACUGCAUCGAGCGUUCAGUGUGUUUCUGUUCAAUCAGAAAGGACAGUUAUUGCUUCAACAAAGAUCUGACGCCAAAAUCACAUUCCCAGGAUAUUGGGCCAAUACGUGCUGCAGUCAUCCGCUGAGUUUUCCCGAAGAGUUGGAGGAAGCGGAGAAUCUCGGUGUGCGGCGAGCAGCGCAAAGGAAACUCAAACACGAGCUGGGCAUCGAGCCGGAACAGGUGCCGUUGAAUGAUUUCAACUAUCUGACGCGCAUCCAAUACCAAGCCAAGUCAGACGGCAAGUGGGGAGAACAUGAAAUUGAUUAUAUCCUCUUUAUUCAGAAGGAAGUAGACGCUAAACCAGAACCAAAUGAGGUACAAAAUGUGCGUUACAUUAGUCCGAACGAAUUGGAAGGAUUCCUCAAAAGUUCCGAGACCAAAGGAACUAAGAUCAGCCCAUGGUUCAAACUGAUCGCACAGACACUCCUCCCUGAUUGGUGGAAACACUUGGACAAUGUAAAGAGCCUAGAGGAUCAUGGGACGAUCCACAGGAUGUGAAGGGCAUGAUGGGUCAGCAUGUGUGCAUUCAGAGACACUGAAGCAGCCGACUGGAAUAUUAAUUUACUGAAUCACGCGACACAAAGUAUCAAGUUACAGUCUGGAGAGGACGUUGUGAGAAUUAUGGGAUUGGGCACAGGUCAUUUUUUGCAGUGGAUUUUGGGAAGUCAAGAAAGUCCAAUUCAGUUCACUGCAAGGCAAGUGUAUGUUACGUCUUUUGAAAUCCACCAAAUUCAACAUAAAACCACACUAGUACAGAUACUCCUUGGUGAUAAAUUUACCAACCAAAAACAUCUUACAGGUACAUCAAGGCAGUUACAAUUUUGUUUUGAAGAUUCUUUAUUGUAUGACAUAAAUCAAUUAUUUUAAAGAGGAUUUGGCAGGUGGAAAAUUUAAAUUUCCAAGCGGUUGGCUUUCAUUAUUAUAUGCUGUAACUGAGAGUUGGACACUAACCAUUUCUUGAUAGUUGAUCAGAUUGGGUUAGUUUCGUUGAGAUAAAACACGUUAUCUCUGUGCUAAUAGUUAUCAGUUGUUCAAACCCUAAGUGCAAGAUUUUCACUGACCUCCUUCUGAUACAUGUAUUGAUAAAUUUUUUUAUUCCAAAAUCCUCACAUUGUAAUCUGACUAAGGAUUUACCAGAGUCCAUAAGUUUUAAUGAGUUCACUGACUGAAAAUAAAUGACUUUGGGUAAUGCUGAUCAUUACUCUUAAUUUCAA